GUUCAUCCUGAAAUGAUAAAAACAGAUCGAUUCUGGGUUUUAAAACUUUUAAAGUGGGUUCUGAAAUUUUUAGGUGAACGAUAUUCAGUUGUUUUUAGACAUUGUUUUGAUUAAACUUCUAAAUCAGCUAUCAAAAUUUUAAGUGUAAACAUGAUCCACAAAAACACUCAAAUUUUAAGUGAUCGAGAGUUAUUGAAUUUUCGAGAUUACAAAGACUAUUUAGAAUCCUUUAUUACACCUAGGGAUCUUUUCCAUUUGCGAAGCAAAUCUAUAGCUCGACAAAUCAUUGAACUAGGUUAUCACACAGAGGGAACGCUAGAUAGAGAAACUUUUGAAGAUAGAGUGAAAACAAUUAAAAGAUAUUUGUACCUUAAAGAAAACCCAUAUGCCUUGUGUUCUGAAUCUAUAGAGCUAAACGAUAUUUUCUUACAAGAACUUGGGCUUCGAGAAAAAGCUAAUAGAUGUGGAAAAAUGUAUACCAUCAUAUUCAUGCGACAUUUUGGAAAAUCCCAGUCUCAAAUAUCGGCAUACAUUGAUUACUGUCACAGAUUAAGAGCGGAAGAUUGGCUACCGUAUUUUCAAGGCAAUAAAAAAUUAUUACCCAGAAAAGAUGAUUUAUCUUAUUAUGACUGGAAAGCUGGAAAAUCUAUUUUAAACGAAUCUCAAAAUUUUAAGCCUAUAGUAGAUGACAAAAAUGGGCUUGUUUUUCAAAACACUCAUGAUCUUAAAUUUGUAGAUCCUAACUCAACUUUUUUAGCACGUACUACAAUAUAUAGUGAAUUGUAUGGACCCAUUGUACUGUAUGAUCACAAUGUAGAAAUUUCAUAACACUUAAACUUACUGGUCUUUCUGGCUUGUGGGUUAUCGUCAAAUUAAUGCCUCUACCAUUUUUAAUUAAUGCAGCUUGAGAAUCCCCAGCCCAUGCAAUGUACAAAGUCUUAUCAUAUAAUAAAGCACAUACAGCAGUACAA